AUGUCUAACCUACAGCAGCCAGCAUCUCCUGCGGGAGGCUCGCUUAUCGGCGUGACGCCUAGCAACGCCGGAGGCGAAGUCGAAAGGGUCAAUGUUCGCCUGCAAGCCGACCAGCCCGUCGUUCCCGUUCCAGUUUACCAGGAUGUGUACAAAAGAGAUAAAUAUAUUGAGGUUCCCACUGUGGAACUCAACGACACCAUCAUUCCUAAAGUCUACAAUCAGAGCGCCGUCCAUGAGGUGCCGAAAAUGGACAUUGCUUUUCACGAGGAGGAGGUCGCUGUGCAAGCUGAGAAACCAGUGGACCGGGACGUGGAGGUGCCGGUGCUGGUUGGUUACGCACCCCAGUUUGUUCCCAAGUGGGACGUGCGCGAGGUCCCGCAACCGGUUCCCAAGUACGAGGGCGAGCAGGAGGUUAUUGAGGUCGAAGUCCCCGAAAUCGAGUACAAGGACACUUACGUUGAAAAGGAAGUUGUCGUCGACGUCAAGGAGAAGAUCGUUCCCAAGGUGACAGAAGUCGUUAAGGAGGUUGAGGUCGUUCAGUAUGAAUGGAAGCAACAGUACCAGGACGUCCCCGUCUACAAAUACGUUCCCAAAUUUGACGUUGAACUCGACUGCCCUCCCCCCAUCAUCGUACCGUACCCAGAGACUCGCUUCGUGAAGGAGGAUCCCGAUGUGGUUCAGCCGUACUGCGCCCCUUUCGCGAACUGCUGCCCGGGAAAAUCGACACACAAAGUCGUCACUAGCGACCGACUCUUUGUGAGAACCGUCGAGGGCACACCUGCCGUGCAAUCCAACACUCCCCUCGUGACCGUGGGCGGCGCAUUCCACAGCAUGUCACCUGACGUUCAAAUGCAGUCUGAGGCCAUUCCACAUGCGCACAGUGUUCUUCCGUCUGACUAUGUCGCCCACGGGCAUCUCGUCGGUGACGCUCCAGGUGUCUCUUCGCAGGGGCAGCUUCCAAACGUCCAGCUGGCUCCUGGCCCAGUCUUCCCGAUGCCCUCACCGCAGGUGGCGCAAUCAACAACCCCCCUGGCUGGAGCCUCUUCUGGUUCAGACGCAAAGCAAGAAAAGACUGCGGCCUCUGAGAAGAAGAGCUUUUGGAACUGGCUUUUUGGCAAGGAGGAAGAAACAGACAAAUUGGCUAAGCAGAAAGAAGGAGUGCCCGAUUACACUGCCCACUUCCAACAGAUGCAUCAGCAACUCGAGCAGCAGAGUCUCCCCUCAGCCCGGACCGACGAACAAUCGGGGAAGGAUGAGGCCGCUAGCAAUCUCGAGCCCUCGGUGGUCUACAAAGGUGUCGUAAGCAGGCCCGCAGUGUUUGGCGGCAACUUGAAUCCGAUUUCCUUCAAGCUGCAUGCGAUUGAAAUCCACCAAUUUAUCCCCUUGCCAAACGUUCGUGUGCCCGAAUUCGUGAAGGCCCUUCCCGACGGCUUGAUGGCAACAGAUGUUUCCGGGUUGGAUCGGUUCUUUGGACCGGUGCCCACCGGUUGGGCAGACCCCGAUGUCACUGGCAUUCCAGCUCCGAUGAUGAGCGACAUUCUUGCAGGUAACAUCCAGGCUUCCACAACGAGUCCUCUGAUUAAUCAGCUGUCUGAGAAGAUCGCGAAGCAGGACAACACUCUUCAGCAAUCGGAGGCCGAUGCCCGCGCCGUUAGUGAAGUGGGACUGGUCCAAGAGGCACAUAUCACAGCCUAA